AUGGCCCAUGGUGGAUAUGGCAAACGGAGGGUGGCCGAGCGCAAACCCCCUGUAGGUCGCCGUUCCAAAGGAUUAGGCGUAGACAAAAGGCCUAAACAGAAGCCCAAAUCCGUCUCUCUCAAGAACCAAAUGCGCUCUAUAGAGCGCAUGCUCCGCAAGAAACUUCCACCUGAAGUAAGAGAAGCCCAAGAGAAAAGGUUAGAGGAAUUGAAGAAGCAACAAGAAAUUCAUACUCGUUUGGCUCUUGAACGCAAAAUUUUCUUGCGUGAUAGGAAGAUUAAGUUUUUUGAGAGAAGAAAGAUAGAAAGAAGAAUACGGCGUCUGGAGAAACUGCACCGCUCUUCAUCUGCUCAGGCUGCUCAAGAUGCUGAUGUUGCUGACCAGCUUUCUAAAUUGAAAGAAGAUCUUGAAUAUGUUAGGUUUUUCCCCAAGACCGAGAAGUACGUAUCUUUAUUUACUGGAGGUGAUGAUUCAGACAUAGUUGAUAGGAGAAAUAGAUUGCGCAAGCAGAUUAAAGCCAACUUAGUUGCUGCUGCAGCCAGCGGCAAGGAUUUGGAAGAGACAGGAAGUGAGGAUGAUGGAAUUUUGGAUCUGAGUGAAGAUGAUUUCUUUUUAACUGGAACCUCGAGUGAUGAAGCUGAUGCAGAUGAUGAAUGGACAGAUAAAAGUACAAGGGAACCAGCUUCUAGUGCUUCUGGCAAAGCAGCAUCUGGAAUGUCAAGCGAUGAAAGGAAUCAGACAGCUGCCAGAGCUCUAAUGCCUCCUCCGCGGCCUUCAAACAAUUUUCCUGCAAAUUCAGCGCAUGCUCAAUCAAGGUUUGGAGCUUCAUCAAGCAAAAAUUCAUGGAAACAGAGGGCUGACAUUUCUACAUCUAGUAAUACAUCAAGUAGCAGAAGUGGAUCCUCCUUUAGGGCAGGGGCCUCUUCAAGUACAAGGACAGGGCACAGUAGUAAUCUAAGUUCAAAUUCUGAUGCUCAUAAACCCCGAAGGAAGAGGAGGCCAAAGAAGAAAAAGCAACAGAUCCAUGGAAGAAAUGUCAUGGAGUUGUUGGAUAAUAUAAAGAAAGGAGUGAGAGCUCUAAAAUUGUCAAUUGAGUACCAUGCAUUGCUAUUUAUUCUCUCUGAUGAGGAUAGAUAUGAUUUAACUUGA